AUCAGUACUACUUUAACCUUUUUCUAUUGUUCUAACAACAACUAGGGUUGGGAAAUGGCUUCCAAAACCUCUGCCUCAUUUGUUCUCUUCCUCUCACUCAACCUUCUCUUCUUUGCACUUGUGACUAGUGCAUGUAACACAUGCCGUGGUCCUAACCCAGGAAGAGGCCCCAACCCCAACCCCAACCCCAAUCCCAACCCCAACCCUAACCCUGGUCCUUCUGGCCAAGCUUCAUGCCCUAGGGAUGCCCUAAAACUAGGCGUGUGUGCCAAUUUACUCAGCGGUUUGCUUAAUGUUACCCUUGGCACCCCACCAGUAACUCCUUGCUGCUCUCUCAUUCAAGGCCUUGCCGAUCUGGAGGCUGCUGUCUGCCUUUGCACUGCCAUCAGAGCUAAUAUUUUGGGCAUUAACCUCAACAUCCCAAUUUCGCUCAGCUUGCUUCUCAAUGUUUGUUCAAGGAAUGUUCCAAAUGGUUUCAAGUGUGCAUAGAAGCACUUUAUAAUUUCGUUUCUUAAUUUUCAUACUAUGGCUUUUGCUUGUUUUGCAACUUUAAACUUACAUGGCAAGUGUGUGUGUGGUGUAAUAGGGAAUUGCUCGUUUCCCUAGAUAUAGUAGUUGUCUGAUUUGUGUGAUAGUUAUGAAUAAAUUUCCCUUUGUGAUGUUUGCCAAUGUACCUCUAGAUGGGAAAUGGAAUAAAUUUAUCAA